GUUGUGGUGUUGUGUAAUGUAUUUGUGAGAAAAUAUAAAGAGCUGAUUGCCGGAAGGGAUUUAAUGUAAAGUUUUUCCAGUGAAACAAGACAUAAGAAUCUGAGUUUGUUUUUCAAAGAUCACUGAAGUCUAGUUAUGAGUAGAUCAUAUUUUCCAAAAUGUGUGGCACUUUCUGCCCUCCUUGUCCUGAGUGUUGGUGCGCUGGACACUUUUAUUGCUGCAGUAUAUGAGCAUGCGGUGAUAUUACCAAACAGAACAGAAACACCUGUUUCGAAAGAAGAAGCUUUGCUCCUGAUGAACAAGAACAUAGAUGUUUUGGAGAAAGCAGUUAAGCUGGCAGCCAAGCAGGGUGCACAUAUCAUUGUGACCCCAGAAGAUGGAAUCUAUGGUUGGGUCUUCACCAGGGAGAGCAUUUACCCCUAUCUGGAGGAUAUACCAGACCCUGAAGUGAACUGGAUUCCAUGUAGGGACCCUGGGAGAUUCGGCAACACACCAGUGCAAGAAAGGCUCAGCUGCCUGGCCAAGGACAACUCUAUCUAUGUCGUGGCUAAUAUUGGGGACAAGAAGCCAUGCAAUGCCAGUGACCCUCAGUGUCCCCCCGAUGGCCGUUACCAAUACAACACUGAUGUGGUGUUUGAUUCUCAGGGAAAAUUGGUGGCACGCUACCAUAAGUACAAUCUUUUUGCACCUGAAAUUCAAUUUGAUUUCCCCAAGAAUUCAGAAUUUGUGACUUUUGACACUCCCUUUGGGAAGUUUGGCAUUUUUACUUGCUUUGACAUUUUUUCUUAUGACCCAGCUGUGGUGGUGGUGGAUGAGUUUCAAGUUGACAGCAUUGUCUACCCCACAGCAUGGUACAAUACGCUGCCCCUCCUCUCGGCUGUUCCCUUCCAUUCAGCAUGGGCCAAGGCCAUGGGAGUCAAUCUGCUUGCUGCAAAUACCCACAACACCAGCAUGCACAUGACAGGGAGUGGACUUUACGCCCCAGAAGCAGUCAAGGGGUACCACUACGACAUGGAAACAGAGAGUGGUCAGCUGAUGCUAUCAGAAUUGAAGUCUCGGCCUCGCCGUGAGCCCACCUACCCUGCAACUGUUGACUGGCAUGCUUAUGCCAGCAGUGUCAAGCCUUUCUCCUCUGAGCAGUCAGAUUUUCCAGGGAUGAUUUAUUUUGAUGAGUUUACCUUCACUGAGUUUAAGAGAAAUACAGGAAAUUACACAGUUUGCCAGAAAGACCUGUGCUGUCACUUAACUUACAAGAUGUCUGAGAAGCGAACAGAUGAAGUCUAUGCCCUAGGUGCUUUUGAUGGACUGCACACGGUAGAAGGCCAAUAUUACUUACAGAUAUGCACAUUACUGAAGUGUCAAACCACCGACCUCGAAACAUGUGGAGAGCCUGUGGGUUCAGCUUUUACCAAGUUUGAAGAAUUCUCCCUCAGUGGCACAUUCAGAACGUGUUAUGUUUUCCCACAGAUCACUCUAAGUGGAAGUCAGCUUGCCCCUGAAAGACAUUAUGAGAUUUCAAGAGAUGGACGCCUGAGGAGCCGAAGUGGAGCCCCUUUGCCUGUCUUAGUCAUGGCGCUGUAUGGCAGAGUCUUUGAGAAGGACCCUCCACGCUUAGGACAGGGACCUGGGAAGUUACAGUGAUCUCCUUUAGCAGGGCCCUUUCAGGAUUAGCCUGGCUAAGAAAGGAAGAAAAAAGAGACCUGUUAGUGUCUGUUUAGAAGAGAUGUCAUAAACUUAUGGAAACAAAUAUAAUAAACUUAAGCAGAUUUAAAAAGCAA